UUCACUUAGAACAGCCGUCUCAAGAGGAACACAUUGAAGUUAUUAUGCAAACGUACUCUCUGCUCCUCGUGUUAGUAGUGGCACUACUUUGUGUGUGGACAGCGUUCGGAAAUGACUCCUUGUCUCCCCCUAGCAGACCGUCCGCAUUCAGGAGUCCAGCACAGCUCCGCAAAUACCUGAAAGCUCUGAAUGACUAUUACGCCAUAGUGGGUAGACCGAGAUUUGGAAAAAGAAAUAAUGAAUAUUCAUUUUCUGACAUGGAUGAAGGCGACGGGUAUCUGUUUAGCAGUCGAGAUAAAUCUGACAUGGUGGCGCCACAGUGGUGGUAACCAGACGCAUUCCACGAGGGACUUUCUUUGCCAAAGUAAUUUUCCCUGGCUGUCGGAUUUGCAUAUCACUGUUCUUUAAACGAAUACCGAAAACUUAAUACAACUUGAAAACUUCAACAACAAUUUCCUGGACUGUUCAUUGUUGUUUGUGACCUCUUUAGCUGACAUCAUGAUUUAGUAAGCAAACGUUUGAAUGACCAGAAUAAACUAUGUACAGAGUAUUGUAGUUGUAAAGUUACUUACAUUCCGCACCCACAUGUAGAUAUACCACGGUGAAAAACGGAAAACAGUUUCUUGUAUUGGCAAUUCUAUAUGUCAUCUCGUCUUAGCAAUGUCUUGUGAUUGGUUAACUUAUAAAAAAGUUCGUUUGUUUUAAAUCAUGAAUUCUGUGUAUACUCUUGAAAGUUUUAGUUUUUGCUGAUGAAUAGAUUAGUGGAAUUAAAAGUACAGUGAAAAUAACAUAACUAUAGG